AGCUCCGCCGCUGGAUCUCAGCCUGGGAGUAUCUCUGAGGACGCGAACAGAACUUCUCUUGGACUUCAGCUUAACUUCGGUGGAUUUAUUUUUUCACCUUCACACACCGGGGAUGGUUGUUGUGGUUUUUUCGUGGUGUUUUUCUCACUGGGAAUAACGCAGCGCAGGAGAAAUGAAAGUGACGGUGUGUUUCGGGAGGACCCGGGUGGUCGUUCCGUGUCGAGAUGGGAAUUUAAAAGUGCAGGACCUGAUCGAGCAGGCGGCCAUGAGGUACAGGAAGGCGAUCGCAAAGGACCCCGGUUAUUGGGUUCAAGUGCACAGGUUGGAACAUGGAGAUGGAGGGAUACUGGACCUGGAUGACAUGCUGUGUGAUGUGGUGGAUGACAAAGACAGGCUGGUUGCAGUCUAUGAAGAGCAGGAUCCUCACAAUGGAGGAGAUGGUACGAGUGCCAGCUCAGGUACUCAGAGCCCUGAACCCUUCAGCAGUGACGUGAGUUCGGCAUCGGCCUUCCAGCCCUACCAGGCCAACAGUGAGAUCGAGGUCACCCCAUCUGCUCUACGAUCCAACAUGCCUCUCAGUGUCCGUCGCAGCAGUGACCCCUCCCUGGCCGGCCUUCCUCUGGGUGAAGUUGCGGUCAUUCCAGAGGAACCGUCCAGAAAGAACCCAGCGCGCUGGUCUACGACUGCCGGCUUUCAAAAGUACAACCACAAAGCAAACACAAACGCCACCACCAGCAGCCUGGAAAGAAAGGCAAGAGGAGCCCACGCCUACAGGAGCCUUCCUAGGGAUGCGAGUGGCUGGUCCACGCAAUUCCAGAGAGAGAUGACCCGGUCUUCGCUGAGCGCCAACCAUCCAAUGGUGGAUCGAUGGCUUGACAGACAGGACCAGGAGGAGGAGGAAGAAGAGGAGCGGCGGAGACACGAAAGAAGGAUUGAACGGAUAGAGCCAGUAGGGAGGGCCGAUUCUUCGUUGGAGCAUUCUCCCAUCUUAAGCCUAGAAGGCAUGCUCAAGCCGGUUGAGGUGUCCAAUGAAGGAGGGCCCCUGGGGAUCCAUGUGGUGCCUUUCAGUUCGCAGGAUAUAAGGACGCAGGGCUUGCUUGUGAAGCGUCUGGAGCGUGGGGGCAAAGCAGAGCAGGAGCGUCUCUUCCAGGAGAACGACUGUAUCGUCAGAAUCAAUCAGGGUGACAUUCGUAACCUGCGCUUUGAACAAGCACAGAACAUUUUCAGGCAAGCCAUGCGAGGCCGGCUCAUCCUCUUCCACGUGGUUCCAGCAUCCGUGAAGAGGCAGUACGAGCUGCUGGCCCAGGGCGAGCUCAGCCCGCCGCAGUCCAACAGAGUCCGCUUCAGCGCAGAUUCUCAGCAGGCGGGCGACAGGACCAGCAUGGCUGGGUCACGGAUGUCCAGAUCUGGACCACAACCAGGCCUAAACCAUAACCACCAGGGACCUCUCGCAGGAAGCACCCCAGAGCCAAACCGACGCUUCACCAUGUUACCCCACACCACGAUCACCAGGACUGCAUCAGCCCCCUCCCCCUCCCUGCAGCGCAGGGUCAGUGCGAACCCGUCCAACAGCUCUUAUGUGAAGAGCAAAGGCCGCAGGUUCAACAUCCAGCUGAAGAAAGGUCCGGAAGGUUUGGGGUUCAGCAUUACAUCCAGAGACGUCCCCAUUGGUGGCAGUGCUCCCAUCUAUGUCAAAAACAUCCUUCCUCGAGGGGCCGCCAUCCAAGAUGGCCGAUUAAAAGCUGGAGAUCGACUGCUUGAGGUUAGUGGAGUGGAUCUGAACGGUAAGAGCCAGGAGGAGGUGGUGGCCCUGCUCAGAGCAACACCCAUGGGUGGGACUGUGAACCUGUUGGUGAUUCGGCAAGAGGACUCACUGCUUCCAAGAGAGGUGCAGCCAGAGGAGGAUGACUUGGUGUUGACUCCUGACGGUACACAGGAGUUUAUGACCUUUGAGAUCCCUCUGAAUGACUCAGGCUCAGCCGGCCUGGGCGUCAGCGUCAAGGGGAACCGCUCCAAGGAGAACCACGCCGACCUGGGCAUCUUUGUGAAAUCUAUCAUCAAUGGAGGAGCUGCUAGCAAGGAUGGACGACUACGAGUCAACGACCAGCUUAUCGCAGUCAACGGGGAGUCUUUGCAUGGGAUGACAAACCAGGACGCCAUGGAAACACUGCGAAAAUCCAUGUCUGUAGAGGGCAACAAGCGAGGGAUGAUUCAGCUUAUCAUUGCCCGGCGGGUGUCUAAAAACAACGAGGAGGCCCCUAGCAGCCCUCCAGUUUCAGAGCAUUCAGCAAACUCUCUACUGGACAACCAUGAGCGCAGGAUCUCCCACUCCUUGUAUGAAACCUUAGAGGGCUUGGACAACAUCUCCACACCAAGGGCUAAUAUGAUUGGACGCAUUGGUAACUACCAGCUCUCUCCAACUGUGAACAUGCCUCAGGAUGACAUCGUGAUGAUCGAAGACGAUAGGCCGCCCUUGCUUCCUGCCCACCUCUCUGACCAAUCAUCCUCCAGUUCCCAUGAUGACAUGGGCUUCGUUGGAGAAAACCCGGUGCCCUGGAUCCACGAGCUGCCCAGUCAGAAUGAAUGCACGCUCAGCCCAGAUACAGACACUGAUGGAGCGUUCCAGAGGGAGGGCUUUGGUCGCCAGAGUAUGUCAGAAAAACGCACCAAACAGUUUGAAAAUCCUGCUGAGCUGGAUAUCAUCAGGACACGCAAGUCCAAAAGCAUGGAUCUAGGUGCUGGAGACCAAGGCAUCGGGCCCGCUCUGGGUCUGAAAAAGUCCAGCUCCCUUGAAAGCCUCCAGACGGCUGUCACUGAGGCGACACACAACGGAGAGAUAAAUGUUAACAGGCCGCGCUCGCGGAUCGUAAGGGGCCGCGGCUGCAAUGAAAGCUUCCGAGCUGCGAUUGACAAAUCAUACGAGAAACCUGGUGUCACAACAGGAGAGGAGGAAAUCAGCAUGGAUACACUGGAUGAAGACACAGAGGGAAGUUCCAGAUCAGGUCGUGAGUCCAUGUCUACCAGCGGCGACCUCAUCGUGGGCCCAGGCCUGAACGGUAGCUUCUCCAAAGAUGACAAGCUAAGAGAUCGGGAGCAAUCUGCAGGGAAGGAAAAGAAGAAACCUGAGCGAGAUAAAGACAAGGAGAAAGACAAGGACAAGAACAAAGCCAAGAAAGGCGUGCUGAAAGGCCUGGGCGACAUGUUCAGGUUCGGGAAGCACCGGAGGGACGAGCGUCCAGGAGACAGGAUGGAGAGGAAGGGCUCCAGCAAAUCUAAAGCAGAGGACAUGCAGGCGUCAGAGGAGGAGACCUUACGAAUGAGGCUGGAACAAGAGAGAAUACAGGCAAAGACAAGAGAGCUGCGGGAGAAGCAGGCAAAAGAAAGGGAGUAUGCCGAGAUCCAAGACGUUGUCAGCCGCACUUUUAGCUCUGAUGAGGAGCACACCUAUGCUGGCAUCGGAUCUUUGGAUUCAUCAGACAGCAACAGCCUCGAUCCUUACAACCACCCAUACCAUCUCCCUCAGAGUCCCCAGAGCCCGCAUCUUCCUGUCACCCUUCAGGACAACGGACCGCCCUUGGAGGCUCUGUAUGCUCAGGUCAACAAGCCCCGUAACGGACGCCCUGCUGCUCCAGACAGCAGUCAGAUGGCUCCGAGUAAUCACGACCGGAUACAACGGCUGAGGCAGGAGUUCCAGCAGGCCAGGCAGGAGGAGGACCUCGAGGACCAUCGACACACCUACGGCUUAGACCAGUCCUGGAUGAGCAACGGGACGGAGGUGCAAAGCGGCCGCCAUUCGGUGACAGUGGAGACUCAGGCACAGAAACAGCAGGAAGAGGACAGAGACAGUUUUCAACAAGCACAAAGACAGUACAGCUCUCUACCACGGCAACCCCACAAGAACCCCAGCAUAGCAUCGCAGGACUCAUGGGACAAGGUGUACCCACCAGGAGAAGGAUUCCAACCAUCCAAGGAGAACCCUCGCUACUCUGCAGGUCAGGGAUCCCGUAACGGCUACCUUGGUACGUCCAACUUCAACGCCCGUGUCCUAUUAGAGACGCAGGAGCUGCUGAGGCAGGAGCAGAGACGCAAAGAGCAGGAGGCCAACAAGGCCAGGCCUCCCCCUGUGCAGGACAACCCUGCCAGCGGCACCUACGACCACAACAGAGGCCACGCUCAGGGCCCAGGCGCUGCUGCAGUGCAGGCCCCACCUCAGACCAAGGGCCCCUACAGACAGGACGUUCCCCCGUCACCUUCUCAGCUCGCUAAGCUCAGCAGGCUCCAGGGUUCAGAGAAAGGGAGGCUCUUUUACUCCUGAGAGAGAGACAUGAACUGGAAAUUUGAACUUUUAAGAGAUAAGGACUGAUUCAAAGGAGCAUUCGCAGGAAAAGAGCGACGAGUCUGUUUUAAUAAAAUGCUACGAUACAAAGAUUUUUAUGGGACUGUUGAUAGAAAUGUUAAUAUUUAAAAAAGAAAGAUUUUUAAUGAUGAGAACUGUUAUCCUUUUUAGUUAUUUCAAAAAAAAACUAUUUGAGAUGUUUUGAUAUCCAGAAUCCUGAUAAUCUGUUUCUACAAGUGCCUGCUAGUCCAUUGAUUGUUGAACUUUUAUAAACCCCUCUCCCUCUUCAUUUUGGCCCAUAACCUUUGAUCAGAUGCACAUUCAAAACAGGAGACAUCGCAGCAGAAAGACAUCUGGACCAUCACUACAGCGCCACAUCUAACCAAAAGCACAUGACACUUCCAGUCACUACCUUUCUACCACUGGAUGCUUGUGGGAUUUAAGUAUUUUUUUGGAAUGUGCCAUUUGUGUGUGAUUAUUAUUUUCUUUUCUGGUUUUGAUGAGACUUUGGCUUAAACUGCGGACUGAGUGUAGAGUUUUUGAGCUUAUUAGGGCAUGAAUCAGUACGACAUGUAAGCCACAAUUUUAAUAUGCAUUUGUGUUUCCUGUUUUCCGCUGCUUAAAUCUAAGCAAGUGUAUUUGUCUAUUAUAAUUAUCAAAAUUAUCGAAUCACCUUAUUUUAUGUCACAUUCAUCUCAUUAGUCCAGUUAUAAACAUUAUUGCAAGGGGACUUCUGCACUAUGUCUAACUUGCAUAAAAUCAUGGUUUUGCAGUCAUACAAAAAAACUGAAAAAACUGAAACUGACCGUCAUGCAGUUUCCCUCAUGACGGUCUUGUUCUUUUUGCAAGUUAGACACUGUGCAAGAGUUUCUUUGGAAUUAAUUUUUCCUCCAUCUUAUGAAAUGACUCCGUGAUUGAGAUGCCCUCUGGAGGAUUCUGGAGCUCAACAAGAUCGCACAUUCGCUUAUCCAGCUGAUGCCCUAUACUCUGGUACAGAGAAAGCUGUUAAGUGUAGUGGCUCCACCUCUGACUUUUUCCCAGUAGAUUCUUGGGUGACGCUCUUCAGUACCUGUAUGGACUGGAUAUUGAGGGGCAGCGAACUGUGAAGUAUCAUUUGGCGAUGUCUAGAUCACUGAUCUGGACUAUACCAAUGAUGCUGUGAUCCUUGCAGGGACUGUAGUUGACCUUGUGGGGGAUUAACUUGCCAAGGAGGCUGAAGUGUAAAGAAUGCAUGUCUGUUGGGCCAAAACAAAGAUCCAGGCACUUAGGGAUGCCUUGGAUGCUGCCAUCAGAUCUCGCCUGUGAUUAGUGAGCGUGUGGAAGUUGUAGAUUAGUUGGCAGCGUAAUGAAUCGAUCUGCUGACUGCAGGGCUGAGAUCAACCACCAACUUGGACUUGUGCAUGGGACAUGGGUUCACUGUGCAAGAUAGUUAGGUGUUUGGUAUCUGAGCAUGCAGACAAAAGUCAGAGUCUUCUGUCCUUGGUCCUCCCGGUCUUACUAUACUCUUGUGAGGCCUGGAUGUUGGCUAAUGGUGAAAAAUUCUCUUUGAUGAAUUUUUGGUUAUCACUGGCAAGAUCCAUUAUACUCUCAGGAGAGCAAGGAUGGGGAGGAUCUGCUGCUUGAUACAGGAAUAGUAUCUGCACUUUUACAGGCACCUGCCAUGCUUUCCCAGGCCCUCCUCAGAUCAAAAUUUGAUCCAGGGAGGGCCUUUUUUUGAGGACGAGUAAAAUUUACUACCCUGUUUGCUUAUAUUUAAUUUUUUGCAAGCAUUUAUAAAUACUAGCAAAAAUUUUGCAACCUAAUCUGUCUCUGCAGCCUUAUAAUAGAAUAAUAGUGGUGGCAGACAGCUCUUUAUUGUGCUCACUGUCUGAGAAUGAACUGGGUAGAGAAAUACAGUAUUAGAUGCAGAUGUUUCAAUGAAAACAAUACUACAGUGGCUCUUAAACCUGUCAACAUGACAUUGUUCUUGACUUUUUCGUCCAUAAAUUCAACUUAAUUGGGAUAUUUCUACCAAGUAAGCAAUGUCCUCUCUGCCAUCUUGCUACUUUUGUUAACUAGAUUGACUCACUACAUUCUGCUCAUUCUUAUUGGUUGCUGUGAUUAUUCGUUCAAAGGCAGUCCAACACAGAAAUUCUGAGCUAUGGCUCGACUCAGGACCCUACAGGACCCCUUGAUUCUGGCCAAAGUCAAACUUAAUUUUGUCUGGUGAGUUGCCAGCUUAAAUUAAUAAGCAUAAUUUCUUUUAAGACACUAAGAAAGUAGAUAUGCUUGUAAAAGGCUUUUAUUUGGACUUACUGGGUAUAUGUGAAUUGAAUUUUGACUAAUUAGAUGCAGUUUCUCAGAUUUUGCUGUGUGGCUUCUGGUGUUUCUAAUCUAAAUUUAAACACAUUUGAGCAAACUUCCUAGGGUAAAUCAUAAAAUAAUCAUAAAUAAAUACUCUGAGGAUAAACCAUUCUAUAUACAACCAUCACACAGAGUACCAAGAGGCUGUAAAACCCAGAUAUUUUCCAUAUAAUUUUUUCCCUUUACAGUCAGUUUUUUUUUUUUUUUUUUUUUUUUUUGUUUUUGGUGAGGUAGAAGUACUUGAAUCACCAAUGUUGCCACUUAACCAUGAGCAAAGCCACAAGGAAUGUUUGUGGUGAUGCUGCCUCUCAGAAAUGUCACAAUUUGGCCUUUAAAGUCUACAUCUGGGCCUUCUGCCCUUGACCAUUAAAUAGACUGCACUGAUUCCUAACACUAUUAGCAGGAAUGCCCCACAGAGUAUGAGAGUCUGCAAGUGUGGAGAUUGGGAUUGGGCCAGUAUGCUUAUAUGAUUGUGUUAUUUUUGUGCAUAUACUGUAUGUGUGAUGAUAAUGUUGGUAGACAUGUAAAGAAAGUGUGGAGGUUAAGCAGCUUGUGUGAACUGCAGAGUCGAAGCUUGGAGUUUAGGCAUGACCACUCACCCCUCGUGCCUCCCCCUGUAUGCCCCUUAAAUUUAGGGAAAUGUCCCUUUUUGGUUUAAGAUACAGAAGUAAAACCACAGGGUGUAUCCUCCUCCCAACCCCUUCUUACAUUCAAUAUGAUAAUCCUGAAUUUCUUCUUCCUCUGGUGGCUUCUUUAUCUCCUUUCCCCCCUUUUUGUGUCAUGUGGAGGAAAACAGCUUUAGAUCUCCUUCAUUCCGACCCAGCCAGGGAAUCUGUUAGUAUAAAUCAGGUCAGGUCUGGGUUAUUAAUUAAUGUUCCUCAUUUAUAAUGAAUAGGCCUCCUUUGUGUGUGUAUAUGUUGACAUGUAUAGUGAGGAAAGAGAACCAACGACCUUGCAGGCAAGGCUCUGGCCUGGGCUUCGCCAAGGAUGAAUUGGCUGUAACCAAAGCCCGUUGGCCCCUGGGUGUCUGAGUUGUUCCUCGCUGAAUAUUUCAUCAGGGUGGUUACAUGGAAAACCACAUCGGCUCUGCAGUGGGUGGCCUUAGAGUGUGACUGCCUAUCAAACAGCAUAAUACAAUGGAGCUGAUUUUGUUUCCUUUCAUGAUCGCGCCCUUUGGUAGAAAACCCAUCUGAAGCUUUUGUGCUGUUCAAUCAAUAAUUUUUAGUACAGAUUUUAAAGUGUCCAAUUAUAGUCUAUAUGAAUGGCACUGCAGGAAAGACUGAAGGCAACUUUUCUAAGUUCAGGUUCAUUUUAAGAUGUAGAAUUAUUAAAUUGAUUAGAAAUUAUUUCAUCAUUUUAUGGGUCAUAUGAUUUUAGAAGAACCUUUAAAUUUACGCAUGCACCCCACAAAUUUUCAACUCUCUAACUCAAGUUAUUUAAAUGCUGACACUUGACUCUUUAGCGUUACAUACAGUUAAGGUUGCAUUUGUUAAGUGUUGAUCUCUAUUUGCAGUUUCUGAAUUAAAUGCAUUCAUGCACAUUAUAGUCUGGAUUUCAGCUUGAGAACAUUUUUCGAUGUAGUAUACUUUUAAUCUGAGCUCCACUGACAUUCUUUUAUUUCAGCAGGAUUUUUUGUACGCAUGACAAAUAGUCUGUGUGGACAGCGAAAAACGGGUGAAAUGUUGGCCAAGUUAAAUCACAAACCAGAGCCUAUCAACAAUAUUCUGAUGAUAGUUUAUUUAUUUGUAACCCACUUUUGGGUCCUAACCCAUCAGUUGAGAACCACUGGUUUAAGGUAUGCUGUAGCCCUGUUUUCUGCUCCUGUCACGGACAGUACUGUGCUUUAGGCAUGUUUAGGCAAAAAAUAGUGGAUCAAUUAAGGCAUAGAUGUGGCCACCUGAUGGCCCCAUUGAGCAGAAAGGAUUGACAAAACCCCUGUCUUGCUAUGGAUGUCCUUGCAUGUUACCAGGGGAAAAUAAUUAGUUGAAAAGUCCAUGAGGGCAGAGUUAAGCUGGGUAUACACUGUGCGAUUUCAAGGUAAACAUAUGACAGUCGUGGCAGAAUGUCAACUCAUGCUGUGCGACUAAAUCGCUUACAACACUCCACCAUCAUGCACGACUUAAGUGCUCACACUGUACGAGUGAAAUCGGGGCGGACUGUCCCCAGCCCUGUUGGGGGGUCCUGUGAUAAAUCCUUAGCUGUUAAGAGUUCUUGGUAUGCUUAAAACUACCAGAAAGCACAUCAUAUUAUGGGUUAGCUGAAUGUUGACUUUUUGUUUUCCUCACGAGUCCUGCAUUGUUUGGUAUUCAUUCCCCUAUAGAGCUUUCUCAUGCAAAGCAGCCUUUCUUUACACACCGUCUUUCGUUGUCGUUGGGUGUAGCAGUUGUUCUGAUUGUAUAAUAAUGCCAUUGAGGGGUUUACAUUGCUGUCAUUUAAAGCCUGAUGCAUCUUCUCAAACCUCAAAGGGAUUCAUUGUGAGAGGGAUAAUAUUGUGUGGAUUACAUAGCAUUACUUUUCACUGGUAGAACAUGAAGAGUAAGUAAGAACAGCCUGGAGAGGGGGAGGUUUAGAAAGUUAAUACAUUUUCCGACCCUACUUUUUAGGAAUGUCUUUGUCCCAGUAUUAAUGGAAUUAUUAAGAAUGUGUAUUUCAAGAAACAGUUCAUGGUUUGUAUGAGACAUGCAAUGGUUGGACUAUAGGAUUUUUUACCGUGGCUGAGUUUCUGUGGUUCCCAUGGGCACAUUAAAAAGAUAAGUGUUCCCACAUACACAGAGGUACAUUAAAUACAGUACUAGUGUGUUUGUUGAACCGCCAAUGUUCCUUUGUAUGUGUGUGUUUGUGUAGGUGGACAUGUGUUUAAGUGUCUGUGAACGCUGCCAGUGACUGGAUGCUCCAAUAUGUCUAUGAAUAUGUCUUGGCAGCAGCAUGAACCACUUGGCUGCUGAGUGGGAGAGGAGCAGAGGAGUAGGAGGGAGAGGAGAUGGGAGGCCUGACCUUGCAGAUGAUUCAGUCAAUGGAGUAAUCACAACUAUCCCUCUGAGUCUGCACUACAAACAGGAGGUUACCAACAAGACUGCUCUCGCUCCCGCUGUCUCAUCUUCCUCUUCUCUUCAUCUGUCUCCUUCAUGUGCCGUCAGUCUCAAACAUUUACAACAGAAUAAGACUGGAUUCGUCUGCCCUAAAGUGGCUGUGUGCUUGUGUUUUAGUGUGCUGCAGGUGUUUAAAGCAGCUGUUUGUCUGAUGUCUCCAUUAUUUUUUGAAUCACAUCACAGACUGGGGAGGGGUUCAAGUGCCUGCAAUAUGUAAUGAUUUUUCUCAUUAUAUGCAAAUUUGAUAAUAUCCCAUAAUGCACGUUUAUUAUUUUGUUGUGUAAUUAAUGUUUGUGUGCUACCCUUGUGACAUAUGGAUUCUUCCCAUAAAGCUAUUGUUUCGGGGAUUUCUUUUUUUAUCCUGGGAGAAAUGAGAAAAAUAUUGUUAUUGUUUCAUUGUGUUUUUAUGACCAUCCCUCAUUGUGUUUUAUUAUCCACAAUAUGGUACUACGCUGGUGAAAAAAUGACUAAUAUGUAAGCACAGUGCAAUUUUCCUUUUUACA